CCCUUCACAAUGUUGGCAGGGCCUGGUUUGAAGGGGCGCAUUGCCCGGCAGCAAGCUGCUGCCUUUGCACGAUCUACUCGAUCGAUAUCCUCGUUUCGACCGCAGAUUUCAAGAUUCUCCCCGCGAAAUAGCAAAGUCCUCGGCGGAAACACAUCAUGGAGGGCUCCGGUGCCAUUCAUCGCUCUGCCUACGGCUCGAUUCAACUCGACAUCCACAACAGCUCCUACCGAAGUGACGCCCGAGACGCAGCCAUCAUCCGAGCUGGAUGUCUCAAAUAUCGAUCUCACGCAAAUCCCCGAGAGAAUUGGGUAUCUAAAAGAUCUAGGACUGGAUUACGGUUGGGGUCCGUCGGCAAUUGUGGAAUUCAUGAUUGAACACAUCCACAUUUACUCUGGCCUGCCCUGGGUAGGUAGUAUCAUCGCAACAGGUAUCUUCUUCCGCCUCGCGAUGGCACCUCUUUUUUGGCGCGCAGGAGAUACCAGUGCAAGGCUGGCCAACGCGCAACCUAUUCUUGCGCCAAUUAAAGAGAAAAUGUUGAAUGCUGCUCGUUCUGGAAACCAGGUUGAGGCACAAAAGUGGAGAGCGGAGAUGGCUAAGACCAACGCCAAUCUUGGUAUCGUACCGCGCAAUACGUUCAUGCCGUUAGUAUUCCAGCUCCCUAUCGGUUUCGGUUGCUUCCGUGUUAUCGAGGGUAUGGCCGGUUUGCCUGUGCCCGGCUUGGCUGCGGAACAGUUCGCGUGGAUCAAUGAUUUCACAGUCGCUGAUCCGACCUAUAUCCUCCCCAUUCUCUGCUGUACUGUCCUUCAUCUAAGUAUUAGGAAAGGAGGUGAAACGGGAAGCAGCAUGUCUGGCGACAUGGCGACAAUCCGGAAGGGUAUGAUGUACGGCAUUCCUGCGUUCUCUUUCUUCUUCGUAGCUUUCUUCCCUGCUGCGUUGCAAGCGUACUUCCUCACCACCGGUUUCCUCGGUCUGCUCCAGGCCUACGCGUUCGCAAACGCAACCUUUCGUAAGGCCACUGGCAUGACCGUCAUCGAGAAGCUGAACCCUGUGCAACCAUCAGGUUCGAACCCAGCCGAACCCAACAGGGCGCUCCGCUUGAUCACUGAAGCAUUAGAGCGUGAAAACGCCAAGCUCAACGAGGCGAAGAAGAUUGCCGCUGAGCAACCUAAGAUCAGCUUCAUUGACCGUGCCAUCAACAACAUCAAGGAAUCCAAGGAGAAGCUCACCAAGGAGACCACCCAGAAAAUGCAGGAGCUGAGCGGCCAGGGCCCAAAAAAGAACGCCGAUGGUUCACUCGCUGAACCGCCCAGGCUCAGCGAGAAGGACCGUAAGCUGGCCGAGGACUAUGAGAGACGCCGCAAGGAAGAGGAGGAUUGGAAGCGGGAAGAGCGUAACCAUGCCCGCAGAGAGGCGUAUCGGCAGGCCAUGGAACGGGAGAGGCAAAGGGCCAAGGCAGCUUUGAAUAAGUCGGAGGUCAAGCAGUGA